UGGAGCUCUACCAGAAAAUAUUCCUUUAAAAGGGCAGCAGUCGGCUUUCAAUCUGGGAUUAAUCUUUUCCUCUUCAUCUUAAUCUUCUGGCAGAAUUUUUUUUUUCAAUCCUACAAACCCCUGACUAUUCCACAAUGGCUGCUCCUACCGUCAAGCUCAACAGCGGAUAUGACAUGCCCCUCGUGGGUUUUGGUCUCUGGAAGGUCAACAACGACACUUGUGCGGACCAAAUUUACAACGCCAUCAAGGCUGGUUACCGCUGCUUCGACGGCGCUUGUGACUACGGAAAUGAGGUCGAAGCGGGCCAGGGUGUUGCCCGCGCCAUCAAGGACGGCAUCGUGAAGCGCGAGGAGCUCUUUAUCGUCUCGAAGCUCUGGAACAGCUUUCACGAUGGCGAUCGCGUGGUGCCCAUCUGCCGCAAGCAGCUGGCGGACUGGGGCCUUGACUACUUCGACCUGUACAUCGUUCACUUCCCUGUCGCAUUGAAAUACGUCGACCCAUCUGUCCGGUACCCUCCCGGCUGGAGCUACGAAAACGACAAGGUGGAAUUCAGCACCGCCACUAUCCAAGAGACCUGGACCGCCAUGGAGACACUCGUCGACCAGAAGCUCGCCCGGAGUAUCGGUAUCAGCAACUUCAGUGCCCAGCUCGUCAUGGACCUGCUGCGCUACGCCCGUAUCCGCCCUGCAACCCUGCAAAUCGAGCACCACCCCUACCUUACACAGACUCGUUUGGUCGACUAUGCCCAGAAGCAGGACAUCACUGUGACCGCGUACUCGUCGUUUGGACCUCUGAGCUUCCUCGAGCUGGACAUGAAGAACGCACAGGAGACUCCCCUUUUGUUCGAGCAUGCUACGGUGAAGAGCAUCGCCGAGAAGCACGGCAAGACUCCGGCUCAGGUUCUGCUGCGCUGGGCUACUCAGCGCAACAUUGCUGUUAUCCCCAAGAGCAACAACCCUACCCGCCUUGCUCAGAACCUCGAUGUCACUGGGUGGAACUUGGAGAGCAGUGAGAUUGAUUCUAUUAGCUCGCUGAACAAGAACUUGAGAUUCAAUGAUCCUCUCAACUACGGUCUCUAUGUUCCCAUCUUCUAAGCCUCGAUUUAUAUUCGAAGAUCAUCUCUUCACUGACCUACGACUCGAAAUGCCAAUGCCUGGGUA